AUGAUAUUAUGGUAUAUACGUUGUGGCGUUUUACUUAGGUACGAGGUUAGCACUUUCUUCAGCGAGACAACGUCAUUCAAUGCUGUAUCGUGUGGGAAUAGGACAGCAGAAUCCACAGAAUUUACAUCAGCAGCCCAAAAAUUGCUAACGAAUUUGAGAACGACAAUACCAACCGCAUCUGGUUUUUAUGCAGCUUCCAAGACACAAAUGCCUAAUAAUGGUCCAACUAUUUAUGCCUUUGCUCAGUGUAUAGAAACUAUCACACAAAGUGCUUGCCUCGAUUGCUUAACCGCUGGGGACAACAAUAUGCAGACUUGUCUUCCCAAUUCAGAUGGCAGGGCUUAUGCUGCUGGCUGCUUCAUCAGAUACUCCACCUCUUCCUUCUUUCCUGAUAACCAAACCAUUGAUGCCAUACCCUUGGUCAUACAAGGUUCUUCAAGCAACAAAAGGGAAACUAUUGGCAAAGUUGUUGGAGGUGUAGCACUUUCUUUGAUCCUCCUAGCACUAUUUGCUUGGAUUAAACAACGAAAAAGCAAUAAGAAGGUUCCUAGAGGAAACCACUUGAAAAGCGACUUGACUGGAGUAAGCAAGCUGAAAGGCCCAGUUACCUACAGUUAUAAUGAUUUGGUGCCUGCAACAAAAAAUUUUAGUGAAGAAAAUAAACUAGGAGAAGGAGGAUCUGGGGCUGUAUACAAGGCUUGGAACUUAUACGAAAAAGGAAGGCAUUUAGAGUUGGUCGACAAAACAGCAAACCCUAAUGGAUAUGAUGCAGAAGAAGUGAAGAGAAUCAUAGAGAUUGGUUUACUUUGCACCCAAGCAUCUGCUGAUACCAGACCAAUGAUGUCUGAAGUAGUUGCUUUGCUUCAAAACAAGGAUUUAUUAGACAACAUAAGUCCCACUAUGCCUAUCUUGAUAGAAACUAAUUAG